AAGCACUAACCUUUAAAAACUAUAUUUUCUAAGAUAUUCCCAUAAAUAUCACCCUACCAAAAAUUAACCCAUUCAUACCACAUUCGAAUAGAUACAUAGCAAACAAUAUCCUUUCACAUUGUAAUUAUUCACCUCUUUUAAACCACUAGAUCUAUAUAUGCAACCCCCCACGUACACACGCACAAUCCUGAAGCCCCCAACCCAGACAUCCUGCCACUAUAGUUAACAUUACAUCAAAAGCUUACCAACAUCAUCAUCUACACAGCCCCUUUGAAUUCACACCUUAAUCACAGAUAUUAUAUUUUAAGCAACAGUUACCCAGCUCUGCACAACUAGAAUUACUCUCACUACCCUCCAUUAAAAAGCGUUCUACACUAUCACUCCCCCGCAAACUACAGACCCCCUUUCUCCAUCUACCUGCACUCCUCCCACUCCUAAAUCUUAAAACUCAAUGCUCCUUCUGUAACAACCAUGAAUUCUGUGCACUCCUCCCACUCCUUAAACUACACUCCCUGCACUCUUCCCUCCCUUACAUCUAACCUGCUUACCCUCCUGCUACAAGCCCGCAACUCACUGCACUCCUCCUUAUAGCAACCCUCACCUCCCAGCACCCCUCCCACUCCCAAACCUCCACUCACAGCACUCCUCCCUCUUCCAAACCAUCAGCCCCCGUAGCUUCUCCAACCUGCAUCUGUAGCCUGUAUGAGAAUUCAUCAGAGACCAAGCUUAAGAGAGGACUGUGAAGAAAUCCUGUGGGAAAAUCCUAUAUACACAGCCUUGUACAGAGAUCAAGAGAGCUCCAGAUACCUCUCAAGGGAAAAAAUGAGAGAACCAAACCUGGGAGAAAAAGCAUUGUGAGAAAUCUAGGGAACAAGAGAAGAACAUUCAUGGGAAUGACAGCUAAGAGACUUCAGAUCCUGGAUAAAUAGAAGCAGGUGAAUUGCCACAUUCAUAUGACCAACUUCCAAAGCACUUGGCAACCUAAUAAAUGUGGCUGUAACAUGAAAGUGUAAAGGGGGAUUAAGAGAUGAUUGGUGUUUGGGGCAGGUAAUUGGGGAAUAUCUUCUGGUUGGAUGGAGUAGAUUUGAAACCGGCUCAUGCAUGUUCAGCGGAGGAACAUUUGGGUUUUCGGAUGGAGGUUGUUAUAUGGGAGACUGGCAGGAGGGUCGGGCACAUGGAUAUGGAGUGUGCAAAGGUCCCACCAAACAAGGAGAGUACAGUGGACUUUGGAGCCAUGGUUUCGAGUCUCUGGGAGUUUAUACUUGGCCAAGUGGGAACACAUACCGUGGUUUCUGGGAUCAAGGCAAGAGGAAUGGACUGGGAGAAGAACACAAGGGGCGUUGGCUUUACAGAGGUGAAUGGACUCAUGGACUAAAGGGCAGGCUUGGAGUUAGAGAAAGUCUUUCUGGUGCUCGAUAUGAAGGACUCUGGAAGGAUGGACUGCAGGAUGGAUAUGGGGUGGAAACAUACUCAGAUGGAGGCACAUAUCAAGGCCAGUGGCAGUCCGGUAAACGUCAUGGAUACGGGGUCCGACAGAGUGUCCCGUAUCACCAAGCUGCUCUCCUGCGCUCACCUCGUACCCCAACCCUCAGCUCUUCUCCAAAUUCUCCUGGUCCCCAUUGUCCCACUGUUUUAGGACUCCUUCCAGGUAGUCCAGCCUCAGGAUCCCGUGGUGGCUUUGUCUUGAAAGUUCGGGGGGUUGGUCCUGAAACACCUGGGGCCGGUGGAAAGCCCAAGAAAAGGGGCUUCUUUUUCCCACGCUCUCUUAUUCUCAGUGGUUUACGACUGCACCGUGGUUCUGAUUCUAAGACUCCUCCAGGGGGUCGGGACAGCCAACGGGGGUCCCUGAGAAGUGAGACACGAGGGGCAGGGGGAUCUUUAGGUUCCAGCACCAGUCAGGAUGGCUCCAGCCCCAGUGUGGCAGAUACAGAUUCUGAACUACCCAUUGCAGGCUGGGAGACAGAGACAUAUGCAGGAGAGUGGAGGGGGGACCGUCGCAGUGGGUAUGGUGUCAGCCGCAGGUCAAAUGGGCUCAGUUAUGAAGGAGAAUGGCUUAGGAACCGUCGGCAUGGUUAUGGUAGAACCACCUACCCAGAUGGCUCCAGAGAGGAGGGCAAAUACAAGAUGAACAUGUUGGCAAGUGGCAAAGUCAAGAGCUUGUUUCCCUUACGUAGGGGCAAAGGGAGAGAAAAGGUUGAGAGAGCGGUGGAGGCUGCAAGGAGAGCAGAGGGAACGGCCCGUCAGAAACAGGAGAUGGCAGUGGCCAGUGCUGCUGAUGCUCGUCUUCAGGCUGAUUCAGCAUCUGUUGUUGCUCAACAAGCACUAGAAGCUUCUCGAGCUGCUCGGAUACUGUCCCAGGACUUGGAAGAGCCCCUGGAAACUUCAAGUUCUAUGUGUUUACAGGAUAGAGGAGAUCAAGUUGCAGAGGCAGUGGUGCCAUGGCUCAGACAGUGCCCCUCAGAGGUGUGUCAUGAUGGGACGCCAUUAUCAGACCGAACCCCUGAACCAAGCCUGCCUCCCAGUCAUCCUGACACUCCCCCUGGUCCCACGUGUUGUCAACUUCGAGAGGGUACCCCAUGCCCACCAAUCCAAGAAGAGGAGAUCCCUCCUGAGGGGGUAACUCCCCAACAUAUGCCUGACCAAGCAGAGGAACAAGAACCUCCUGACCCCCCUAUUCUCAUAGGACUAAACAAUUCCACUACCAGCACAGACUGUGUAAGGGGAGUGGAGGAUAAGGGGGAGGCACCAGAAGAACCCCCCAAAAACACAUGUAUGCAAAAGGAUGCUGACCCUCUUGUUGUGGCUGUCGUGCUGUUUCUUGAUAUAUUCCUUGCAUUCCUCAUCUCGUAUUUUCUAACAUGAUGAGAUGAUAAAGUGUCCCUUAUUUGACACUCUUGCACGCCAUCUGUUCUCUGUCUGUCCUCUACCUCUGUCCCCCUAAUGUUUACAUUUAAAGGGCUCUCUCUUUCUAUUUCUGUCUCUUUUCCAGUCUCAUUGAUUCUCUCAUUCUCCCAUUGUCUGAUGUAUUUUAUUCUACAUAUCUCCAUUUGAACUGUCCAAAGAGGGACUGCGAGUCAGAAACAUUAUUUGCUGCUGUUCCCGAUAUAAGUAGAUAUCGAAUGUUCUGCAUUUUAGUGACAUAAGGGGAGUACACAAUUCUCAUAAAACAAAAAUUCUGCAAAACAAACCAUCUCCUGGGUGAUUAUUUGUUCUUGAUUAAAAAAAAAAAGGAAUAUUAAAAACAAAAUAUAUUAUUAUCAAGGCUCUGUGUGAAAGAAGAUUUCACUUUAAAACUUUGCAGCAUUUCCAAAAGACGGCCAUUAAUGAGGCUGGGAGGGAUGGAUAUAUAUAUUUUUUUACUAAGAAUAGAGACAUUGUUUACAGCCACUCACAAUCCCUCUGCCAACCCUUAUCACUUCCACUCCCAAUCUCUCUUCUAACCACUCUUACUACCACUACCCGUCUCUUCGCUAAAUCACUCUCAUUGCCACUCCCCAUCUCUUCUCUAAAUCACUCUCACUGCCACUCCCUGUCUCUUUGCUAAAUCACUCUCACUGCCACUCCCCAUCUCUUAAUCACUCUCACUGCCACUCUCCGUCUCUUUGCUUAACCACUCUCACUGCCACACUCCGUCUCUUUGCUAAAUCUCUCUCACUGACACUCUCUGUCUCUUCGCUAAAUCACUCUCACUGCCACUCUCUAUCUCUUCGCUAAACCACUCUCACUGCCACACUCCGUCUCUUCGCUAAAUCACUCUCACUGCCACACUGUCUCUUUGCUAAAUCACUCUCGCUGCCACACUCUGUCUCUUCUCUAAAUUACUCUUACUGCCACUCUCCAUCUCUUCGCUAAACCACUCUUACUGCCACUCUCCAUCUCUUCGCUAAACCACUCUUACUGCCACUCUCUGUCUCUUCGCUAAACCACUCCCACUGCCAAACUCCAUAUCUUUGCUAAAUCACUCUCACUGCCACACUCCGUCUCGUCACUAAAUCACUCUUACUGCCACACUCCGUUUGUUCUCUAAAUCACUCUUACUGCCACUCUCCAUCUCUUCGCUAAACCACUCUUACUGCCACUCUCUGUCUCUUCGCUAAACCACUCUCACUGCCACUCUCUGCCUCUUCGCUAAAUCACUCUCAUUACCACUCCCUGUCUCUUCGCUAAAUCACUCUCACUGACACUCUCUGUCUCUUCGCUAAAUCACUCUCACUGCCACACUCAUGUCUCUUCGCUAAACCACUCUCACUGCCACACUCAUGUCUCUUCGCUAAACCACUCUCUCUGCCACACUUUGUCUCUUCUCUAAAUAACUCUCACUGCCACACUCCGUCUCUUCGCUAAAUAACUUACUGCCAAACUCCAUCUCUUUGCUAAAUCUCUCUCACUGCCACACUCCGUUUCGUCACUAAAUCACUCUUACUGCCACACUCCAUCUCUUCGCUAAAUAACUUACUGCCACACUCCAUCUCUUUGCUAAAUCACUCUCACUGCCACACUCCGUCUCUUCGCUAAACCACUCUCACUGCCACUCUCUGUCUCUUCGCUAAAUCACUCUCACUGCCACACUCUGUCUCUUCGCUAAACCACUCUCUCUGCCACACUCUGUCUCUUCGCUAAAUAACUCUCACUGCCACACUCCGUUUGUUCUCUAAAUCACUCUUACUGCCACACUCCAUCUCUUCGCUAAAUAACUUACUGCCACACUCCAUCUCUUUGCUAAAUCACUCUCACUGCCACACUCCGUCUCUUCGUUAUACCACUCUCACUGCCACUCUCUGUCUCUUCGCUAAAUCACUCUCACUGCCACACUCAUGUCUCUUUGCUAAAUCACUCUCAUUACCACUCCCUGUCUCUUCGCUAAAUCACUCUCACUGACACUCUCUGUCUCUUUGCUAAAUCACUCUCACUGCCACACUCAUGUCUCUUUGCUAAAUCACUCUCACUGCCACACUCCAUCUCUUCUAUAGAUCACUCUCACUGCCACACUCCGUCUCUUCUAUAGAUCACUCUCACUGCCACACUCCGUCUCUUUGCUAAAUCACUCUCACUGCCACACUCCGUCUCUUUGCUAAAUCACUCUCAAUGCCACACUUUGUCUCUUCUAUAGAUCACUCUCACUGCCACACUCCGUCUCUUUGCUAAAUCACUCUCACUGCCACACUCCGUCUCUUUGCUAAAUCACUCUCACUGCCACACUCCGUCUCUUCUAUAGAUCACUCUUACUGCCACACUCCGUCUCUUUGCUAAAUCACUCUCACUGCCACACUGUCUCUUUGCUAAAUCACUCUCACUGCCACACUCCGUCUCUUCUAUUGAUCACUCUCACUGCCACACUCCGUCUCUUUGCUAAAUCACUCUCAAUGCCACACUCCGUCUCUUUGCUAAAUCACUCUCACUGCCACUCCCAGUCUCUUCUCUAAACCACUCUCACUGCCACUUCUAGUCUUUCUUCUACCUACUCUUACCACCACUCACAACCACUCUUACUGCUAUUCUCCAUUUCUCUCACUCACUCCCCUUUUGUAACUCCUUUUCCUAAUGUCUCUUACUAAUUGUCCUUCAUUUGCCAACUCUUUUUGUCAUUUUCAGUUUUAUUCAUUGCGUCUCUACUUUCUGAGAAGCAGUUUCAUUAACCCCAGUAAGAUGACAAUAUGGACUAUGACUGUUCAACAACUGUUUCCUUUCACCUUCUGGCCUUUCCCACUCUUUGAAGCCUCUUUUACUUCAAACUAAUUCUCCCUAUAUUGCCCCAUCUUUUGUAAGCUGUUUUACUUCAGUCGCUAUUGCCUUCCAAUGCAUCCUUCCUUUCCCAAAAAAUACCUAUGGUGGUCCAUUUAACUAUAUUUGCAAGAUUCUUCCAUUGCAGAAAAAAAAAUCAUACUUUUCCAUUCUUUUCCCUCAGACUUUAUGCACGACCUUCUUUUAUCUAAUGCCCUUUUUUCACUUGCACCUUUUGGCAUAUGCUUUGAUCACCUCAUAUAGCCUUGUAAUUUCACUUGCCUGUGGCCUAUUUCCUUUUCAUCCCUUUGUUCUUGCGGCUAAGCCCCAGCAGCCCUUGCAUCCGUUGCCUGCCCACUAGCUCCUGCUCAUGCUUGCUGCCUGUUUGAGCAUGCACUCCAUUCCUAUUUUUGUAGCAGUAUUUUACCUUCUAUUGAACCUGAAAGAUGCAAAAAAAAGAAAAUUAAAAAAAGGCUGAAAUAAUAAAAUAUUAAAAAUACCAAAAAA